GCUAAAAUUUGUCAGUUUAGUUUCAGUUUAAAAAGAAUAUGGCCGUGUUAGGGCCAAAUGUGAGUGUAAAUAUGAAUGGUCAUAGUAAUAUUCAUAGUCAGUUAACAAAAUCUUUAGAAAGAAUUUUAGAAGAUGCGUAUUUGAGUGGUGAAUUAAAAUUAAGCGGACGUAAGUUAAGAGAUUUCCCGAAACCAGUGAAAUAUGACUUGAGUGAUACAGUUGUUGCUGAUUUGUCAAAAAAUCGGUUCAGCGAAUUGCCGGAGGAAGUAACCACGUAUAUAUAUUUAGAAAAGUUAGUGUUGUCACAAAAUGUCAUCAGGACGAUACCAGAUGCAGUCGGUGGAUUACAGUCACUCACAUAUUUAGAUCUCAGUUCAAACCAGCUAACAGAAUUGCCCCGUGAGGUAUGUAUGAUGCCGUUACAAGUUCUUCUUCUACCGGACAAUCUCCUGACGAGUCUACCCAAGGAGAUCGGCAAGAUGACAUCUUUAGCGGAAUUGGAUGCGUCAAACAAUAGGCUUACACAAGUUCCAAUGAACCUCGGAGACUGUGCUGGUCUUCGAUGUUUAAACUUGAGUAAUAACCAGCUCGGGUUGCUGCCAUUACAGAUCACAUACCUCCGACUCGAGCACUUAGAUGUGAGCUGUAAUUGUAUAUCUUCGCUUCCAUUAGAGCUCCGCAAUAUGAGCACGAUAAUCACAUUGAAUCUAGACAACAAUCCUCUCGUAUCCCCUCCUACUACCAUUUGCAUGCGCGGGCGCGUGCACAUAUUCAAAUAUCUCGAGAAUAUGGCAAUAAAGGAUUCCUUGCCGGCACAUAGAAGAGUGGACGAAACCAGACGGACGGCGAAGCACACAUCAUACAUCAGCUCACCCAACAGCGGAACACAUCAGAUCACGUCGGGUAACGCGACCAUCGACUGCUUGAGGCACAAGCCGAGACACGUCGUAGACAGCGGGUACUGCACCGAUGGUGUGGAGAAGAGGUGGUCGAACGAUGCGUGUGGCGAGGCAGGCGGCGGGUCGGGCCGCUCCACUCCCAGCACGCCCUCCACGCUGUCGCCCGGCGCCGCACUGUCGCGGGCGCAGUCCCUGUCCAGCGAAACUCCCCUCGCCCCCCUCACGCCUAUACUCACAGGCCUCCGUAUAUCACCCGAAGGGAACAUUUCAAAUGGCGAGGAUAAGAGUAAAUUAGCUCAUCAGCAAACAUACAGACAAUACAAAGAAGCACUAAGACAGCAGCGUCAGCAGGACGUGUAUCGGCCGCGCUGCGACCAACCCUCCCCCUCUCCCGAACUGGACUCCAACUCGCACUCCCUCAACCAGAGCCCCGUGCACUUCCAGAAGUCCCCCCACUCGCCUAUCAAUGGAUACAGUAACAUAUCUCCCUAUAACCGAUCUUUAUCCUCGAAUUCGACAACCUCACCCAACACGUCCAUUGUCUCACCCAACUCCCCCGUCCUGCAUUCGACACCCCGAAGGUUUCAAGCACAGAACGGCAAUCAGGAAAAGAUGGAGGAGACGAAACGACCCGUCCAAAAAGUCGUUCCGUCGCGAAACGUCAACAAAAUGUACGCGUCAGUCAACGGCAACGUCGACUACACGCGACUGAACGGCUCGGACACGUAUUCGAAACCGACUUCCCCGAGCAAGUCUCCGACGAACACGAUAGGGUACACGAACAGUCUAAAGUCGAACAUACCGAGGACGGUGAAUGGCGACGCGAAGUUGUUAACGACGACGGUUUCAUACUUGAAAGGAGCGGGAGCGAAGCCGGCGGCCAAGAUCGCCUGGAAUAAGGACACGCCUUCGGACAAGCUCAGCUUCACCAUGAAGAGGGAGUUCGAUAAGCAGAAGGAGGAGUCGGAGCUGUUGCAGCAGUUGAGGACGAUAAUCGAGAGCCGGCUGAAGAUGUCUCUGCCGGAGCAGCUGCCGGCGGUGCUGGCGGACGGCGUGGUGCUGUGCCACCUCGCCAACCACGUGCGGCCGCGCUCCGUCGCCUCCGUGCACGUGCCCUCGCCUGCGCAGCCAAAACUAACAAUGGCAAGGUGUAGAAGAAACGUGGACAACUUCCUGGAGGCGUGUCGGAAAAUAGGAGUCGAAGAGAAGCUGAUGUGCUGCGCGGCGGACGUGCUGGAGGGGAAGGGCACGGUGCAGGUGGCCAUCACCGUGACGGAGCUGCAGCGCCGCCAGCUGGCGCUGCGCGACGCGGCCGCCGCCCCCGCGCCGCCCGCGCCCCCCGCCGCCCCCGCCGCCACCUAGCGCCGCCCGCUCGCCCUCGCGCCGCUGUCGCUCACGCUGUAGGCGCCCGUCCGGCUCGAAGGACCGAGGUCCGACUCACCGUGUAUGUGCUGACGACCGGCUUGUACAUUCUGUCGUCACUCGGAGCGAGUAUUUCAAAACUCUCCGGGGAGGUGUGUUUUUGACGAGUGAUUCUUAUUCGUGCUACCCGAGUUCGUACGUUAAUGAUCGGUAAAAAUUAUUACUAGUCAAUAGAAAUACUGAUAUUAUAUUUGGUACUGCGUGGUGCAGUCAUUUCCGACAGCAGUAUAUAUCAUGCAUUUAUAGCGACGAAUGAAGAAGCUGAUUGAUUGAAAUGUCUUCCGAAUAGUAAAAAUGAAUGAAAAUAAGUUUUCUAUAUUUUGCAAAAAAAAAUACUAAUUUCAUCAACAGUGAACUACUCAUGUAAUUUAUAUUUCGUUUGUUUAUCGGUAAAUGCACUACCUUCCUUUAGAACAUGUUCUUUAUUUAAAUUUAAAAAAAAAAUCAUGACAAAUUCGUAAUGCUCUUUAAUAAUUAGAAUUUAGGUAAAAUUAAUGAUAAUAUAAUCGGUCCCUAACAUUGGUAAAUGUUGGACGAGUUGCAGUACACAUACUGUAGUGAAGUUUACGCACAUAAUAUUAAAAUUUAACGUUGUUGUCUUUUUAUUACAAUUUUUUGAUUAUUAUAAGCGUGUUUGGUGUUUAAUGAAAAUCAUUUAACAAAUUGGAUUAUAAUAUUUUCUCUAUUUAAUGCACUUCUACAAUAUAUUGUGUGCAUAUUAUAUUGCAUUACAAGUUCCUGUAAUUAAUUGCUGUGAUUGUUUUAAUUUUUGAACUACAAGUUGUCUGCAUUUAUGCACGAUAUUCACAAACAAUGAUUUAUUAAUAACCAUAGUACAACUAUAGCAAUGAAAAACCCAUGAAUUUCUAUCAAUAACAAUUUAAGAAACUGAAUUCUUUGAUAAAAUAUCAUAGAAAUGAUAAAAAAAAUAAUUUGAAAAGUAAAUGUCAUAUACCAAUCCAGUGCUUUACGCAAAUCACGAAUUUAAUAUUAGUGAAUUUUUCGGUACAUUUACACGUGUUAGUUAUAGGCACUUAGGACUUUUUGUCGAACUAAUCUAGACAUCACUUCACGUUGCCUUAAUUCUCACAUAAUCUCGUUGUUCAUCGAGUUUGGAUGUAUGGACCAUGUAGUUGUGCGUCAUAGCUUAACAAACCGCACAAACGCCAUUGAUAUGCUUUAAUUCGUAUUUUUAUAUAUAUAGACUAAAACGUCAUAAGAACAUCCAGCACUCAUUUCUAAUAAAGAACUGUAGUGCCUUGCGAUAAAGUUCACUAUUCUAAACGGUUCGAAUUAUACGAGAAAUUGAUGAAAUAGUUGAUUAACUAAGACUGAAACCGGUCGAGAUAAAAACUUUGAGAAUAAGAAGGAAGGAAGAUAGGUUUUGUGAUAGCUUACAGAUUUAAUAGAAUGUCGAUUUGAUAGGAUCUUGAGACUGAUAUUACGUGCUUCAUCGUAAAAAAAUAGUGCCAUUUUUGUCAAUAAUUUAGACUCAUUGAUCACUUCAAUCAAACAUGGUCAAAUUAGAUCAAGCCAACAAUUAUGAGCUUCUUAGAUAUGAAGGUAGAAGUAGUUUUUUUUCACAUUAAGUGUACCUUAUGAGUGUUUGACUCAAAGACCAUUCGCAAGAAGCUAUAUUUUAUAUAGUAUAUCUAUUAGGUUAAUUCUGCGAAUAUUAGAAAAGAACAUAACAAAUAUUUUGUAACAAUGACAGUAUAGAACUUACCUGUCGAUGCAAUAUUAUUGUUCUUUCACAAAAUCAACCUCUCUAGGAAAUGAAAAAUGAUUGUACGUCAUAUAUUGGAUGCACGUGUCCCUAUCCUAUCUCUGUCACAGUUUAACAGGUAUUAUCUUCAACUGUUUAUUCUGAAACUCCAUGACCAUGAGGACAUUGACAGUCUGAAACACGAUUUUGGUCGUGUUAAAAUUACUUUAACAGUAAUUUUUAAGCUCUAUGAUUACCAUGACAAAAUAUUAAAUAGGUAGAAAGCUUAUGCUUUCGAAUAUACAUUCAUCAAGAUUUUAUUAAAUGUUGAAUUAUAUUUUAUUUAAAAAUAUACUUCUUUGUGCCAAUCAUAAUCAUUUUUACAGAUAUCUAUAUCUGAUAUAAACAAUUUUUCCUUUUAAAAAUCAUUUGAGUGUAUUUUUGUCUCUCAAACGACCAUAGAUCGUACUAUUUAGUUCUUAUAGAAAGAUAAAGGCAUAGAUUAUGUGAAUAUAAAAUUUUCCUCUAUAGACAAGACAUAUAACGCACUAUUAUCUUUGUGCAAUUUUUAUUCCGGCGUUCGAUACUUAAACUAUAUUUGUAUAUAUUAAGAAAUACACACAUUUUAUCAUAAUUCACAAUUCACCACCGAUUCGGUGAUUUGAGAUAAUACUCAUAAUUAUUUUGUAUUCUUAUAAUUAGGAUAAAUUUUAUUCUCGUCAUUAUAAAUAUAGUCAAUUCGAUAGUAAUAUAAAUUAUUUGAAUGUGAUUAUUUUGUGUUAUUUUGUGAUUGUAAUAUAAGCUGGACAAGUGCUUUUAGUUGAUAUAAUUUCUAUGUAAUUGUAAUUUAAUGAUUUAUCAUCACAAUAAUGAUCAUUUUACUCUAAUGAUAUAUUUUGUAUUGUAAUGGUGUUACCAUAUUGCGUAAAUAUUAUUUACAUUUUUUUUAUAUGUAAUACUGGAUGUUUAUGAUUGCUAAUCCUUCAUCAGAACAUCAAGUUUUUUUUUAAUUUAUAUCAAUAUUGUGUAAUCAUCAUAUAAAAAAUUAUUUCAAUUUUUUUCUAUAUUAGCACUAUAAAUGUAUGUGCAUAUUAAAAAAAUCUUAUGUUCAUUAAUCACCUAUGUAUUGAAAAUUGGUGUGUAUAAAGUAGGUAGGAAAAAGAACUGAAACUAGAAAGGAGAUGAAAUGUAGAGUCGAGUCUUUGUCCUGUUCAAAGAUAAUGUGCCAAAGACUAUGGUUGAAGGUUUUUUUUUUUAAUUGUAAAAUAGUAAAUUUUCCGUGUAAUGCACUGGUCUCUUAGUUUAAGUAUGAUGUAGCAAUAUCGUAUCGUACCCACGUGUUUAUAUGUAGAUACAAAUAAAAGUAUACUUAUACAUUUUA